UUCCUUUUGGGGAUUGGUGAACUCAGCCUGGAAUCUUUGCUCUGUUGGAAAAAGGCAAUCACCUGUCAAUAUAGAAACCAGCCAUAUGAUCUUUGACCCUUUCCUAACUCCACUUCGCAUAAACACAGGAGGCAGAAAGGUCAGUGGGACAAUGUAUAAUACAGGGAGACAUGUUUCUCUACGGUUAGACAAAGAGCAUUUGGUGAACAUCUCUGGAGGGCCCAUGACAUACAGUCAUCGCUUGGAAGAGAUCCGGUUACACUUUGGAAGUGAAGAUAGCCAGGGAUCAGAACAUCUACUUAACGGACAAGCUUUUUCUGGGGAGGUUCAACUAAUCCACUAUAAUCAUGAGUUGUAUACAAAUGUCACAGAGGCUGCAAAAAGUCCCAAUGGCUUGGUGGUAGUUUCUAUAUUUAUGAAAGUGUCUGAAUCAUCAAAUCCAUUUCUAAAUCGCAUGUUAAACAGAGACACCAUAACAAGAAUAACAUAUAAAAAUGAUGCAUACUUACUGCAGGGACUUAAUAUUGAGGAACUUUAUCCCGAGACCUCUAGUUUCAUUACAUAUGAUGGGUCCAUGACCAUUCCACCCUGCUAUGAAACAGCAAGUUGGAUAAUAAUGAACAAGCCUGUCUACAUAACAAGGAUGCAGAUGCAUUCUUUACGACUGCUAAGCCAGAAUCAGCCAUCACAGAUAUUUCUGAGCAUGAGUGACAAUUUCAGACCAGUCCAGCCUCUCAACAAUCGAUGUAUCCGAACUAAUAUCAAUUUUAGUUUACAGGGUAAAGAUUGUCCAAACAACAGAGCACAGAAACUACAGUAUAGAGUAAAUGAAUGGCUCCUCAAGUAAUUAAGACAAACAGGAAGAACUCCUAACCUCAGUGGAAUGCUACUACUGUGAAUUGACAUAAUCUAGAAUGCACCCAGCCUCAUUCACUCUUUGGAUUCAUGACAGUAUGUGCAAAUGUGCUGCAAGAAAAAAGCUGCCAAGAUGGAAACUUAACUAAAAAUUCAUUCAUAUGAUUGAUCGUAAUAAAAAAAAAGACAAUAACUACAGUAAAUGUGAUUACAAUUUUGAUACAGUUUUCCUGAACUAAUUUAACUUCACAAAGAAAGACUUUUCAGCCUUUGUACAUAUGAAAUUCUUUCUUUCCUCCCCUUCAAAAGAAAAAAAAAUAAAAAAGAAAAAGGUGGCUCCGUACAGCAUCAAAGUGGAGUUGUGUUCUGUGUGCCAAGUAAUCCUUGGAAAGCUCUCAUUAUAUCCCUAUCAUUAAUGGAUACUGACAAGACAGAACAAGAAGAUUGUAGAGGAAACUUAUUUCUAGGUUAUGAUCCUUCUGUUUGUUUAAUUAAAAAAAGGACAGACAUUGAGAGAUAAGUAUUGUAAAUAUAUCAACGCAGAAUAUAAAAGAAAUUGAAAUAUAUCCCCCUUUGUCACAUAUCUGUAGUAGGAUUUGCCAAGAUCAGAAAUGAUCCAUUUUCUGUUUCUUGUUUUACAAAGGUCAUACAUUGUGUUUGGUUACUGUUAACAACUCAAUAAAUGUGUUGAACAAAUUAAUUUAGUACACUCGCUUUGGUUUAUUUUUCCUUUCUGAAAUGAUAAGCCUCUAGCACUUGAGGCUGCUUUACUUUUCUUUUUUACUUUAUUUGUUUGCAACCGGUUUAACUGAGUUAAUGGCAAUUAGGAAUGUAUUUAACAAAGCUAGUGUAACUUUAAUUCCAUUUUAUGGUUCAUCAUUAAGAAGAAUUAGGCUCCAGAAGCAGAAGGCAACUGAAAAAUGGGCUAGUUUAAAAUUACCAUUUCCCCGGUUUGAGUCCAUUAUUGAGACAUACAAAUUCAACCUUGUAAAUUGCUAGAAGGGAUAUAUUUUCUUUACAGAGGUAGCAGGAGCUGACCAAGUUAAAGCUAAUGCCUUUUUUCUUGUUUAUAAUGGUCAUUCACUGUGUUUGGUUACUGUCAAGAACUCAAUAAAUGUGUUUAACAAGUUCA